AUGGGCGCCAGUAUGAACCUGCUGUGGACCCUUUCCGCGCUGUCCGGCUAUGCCGAACAGCUCAACCGUACAGACGCAACGGUGCGUGCUUUGCAGGCCCUGCGAUUGCACCGAAUGCACCACGAGGUUUGCAGAUGCUGCGGUGGCCUGCUGCGCAAUCUUCUGUCAGCUCCGCUGAAUCAGAAAGCUGCGGCCACUUGUGUUGAUGGAGGCGGUCUGAGGUUGCUGCUGACCACUCUUUGGCACCACUGCCUUCCCGAUGAGGCUGCAGCCAUGGGCAGAGCGACCGUUGCUGCGAACAGAACCAGCCUUCAAUCCUUGGACGGGCUGGAUGUGGAGUAUGAUCCAGGCGCAGAGGCUGAACUCGCAGAACGCAAGCGGAGAUUGUCGCAGUUACGCCGCAGGUCCCAGACAGGUCAUGAUGGUCCGACCAGACGGGCAUCCGUUGCCAGUGUUGGCUCGGCUGGUCACGGCAACAGGAGAGGUUCGAGACGCAGCAGCAUAGGAUCAGAAGCCGAUCUACGAAAUACCCAUUUCGAGACCGGCGAUGAAGACAACUCUGACAGCAUGGCCGUCGCCGAGCAGGUACUGGCUGCUUUAAGAAACCUGUCGGCUUUCAGCCACGUCGCAGCAGAGUUGGCUGAAGAGGUUUUCGUUAACGAGGAGUGGGACCAGUUGAGGACUGUUGUGGAGGUGUACUCCAGGAGCGUCAUGGUUCAGUUUCAGGGCUUCGACUUGAUUGGGCGACUGGUCAAUGCCAAGCGGGACUUGCGCAGGGUGUUCCGGCGCAUCUCAGACCACGUCUUGCUCAUGUCCCAGCACCACAAAACGACUCCCGUGGCUGAUGCAGCGGACCUGCUGCUGGAGGCACUGAAUUGA